CUCGAGCGCAGUAAUAUUUGUCAUGGAAGCACGAAACGAGUUGUGUUGCAGAGUGAUGACGUAAGGAGAGACUGACCAAUCGUAGCAAUGCAUGCUGGUUCUAGCAUCCCCAAGGCAAAAGUCAGGCACUGUAGAAAACGGCAUGUGUCCGUGACCUGUGUCAGCGACGACGAUGUCCUCGGGAGGCAGUGUGCUCAGGGCUGCUGUCACACUACUACCAAGAACAAGCCGGAGCCGAGGAUAUUUGUGGUGUCCAUGCAGGAACAUUUCUGUGAAACCGGGAGAUCUGAAACCAAAGACGGUUCCUGCUCGCUACCUUGGCCAACCAAGCCCUUUUACUCAUCCCCACCUCAUCAAACAUGGUGAGGUGACGCCUGGCCUGAGCCAAACUGAAUAUGAACUCCGUCGCCACAGACUGGCUUCACUCAUUGAGGCCAAGUCGGACAAGCUCGGACCAUUUGCCUCGUCCGACACUCAUGUGCUCAUCGUUUUGUCCUAUCCGACCCGCUACAUGACUAAUGACAUCCCUUAUCCUUUCCACCAGAACCAAGACUUCCUCUACCUGUGUGGCAUCUUGGAGCCUGACAGCGCGUUGGUUCUGCAUGGGAAAGGGCGACCGGACCAGGCCAUCUUGUUUGUUCCUCGCAGAGACCCGGGCAGGGAGCUGUGGGAUGGACCACGAUCGGGGAAGGACGGAGCUGCGGCUUUGACUGGCAUCGAGAGGGUUCAUAGCACAGAAGAACUUGGUCUGGUGCUCAAAAGCCUCAAAGGCUCUACGCUGUGGUAUGAUCAUUCUCAUCCAUCCAACCCUCGGCUCCACCAGGCACAUGUCAGUCCCGUCCUGGAGGCGGGGCCAAUGCCGCGCCCCCUCAGUCCCCUCAUUCACUCACUCAGGGCUCUGAAGAGCUCAUCGGAGGUGGCCCUCAUGCAGGAGGCAGGUCGCAUCACAGCGCAGGCUUUCAGGAGGACGAUGGCUCUGUCUCAAGGAGACGUGGAUGAAUCUGUACUCUUUGCUAAGUUUGAUUAUGAGAGCCGGAUCCAGGGUGCUAAUUUCCUGGCCUAUCCGCCCGUGGUGGCUGGAGGGAAUCGUGCCAAUACUCUGCACUACAUCAACAACAACCAAGUCAUUAAGGACGGUGAAAUGGUGCUUCUCGACGGCGGCUGUGAAUAUUUUGGUUAUGCCAGCGACGUAACCCGGACGUGGCCGGUAAAUGGGAAAUUUAGCGCUCCGCAGGCGGAACUUUAUGAAGCCGUCCUGGAGGUGCAGCUCUCCUGUUUAUCUCUGUGCUCGCCGGGUGUAAGUCUCGACCACAUUUACAGUACCAUGCUGGCCCUGUUGGCAAGACAGCUCAAGCGUCUCGGCGUCGUCAAGGCCGGUACCAGCGAUGCGGAUGUACUAAAGGCUGCAAGACGUUACUGCCCCCAUCAUGUUGGACAUUACUUAGGCAUGGAUGUCCAUGACACUCCCGAACUGUCCCGCUCGCAACCUCUCCAAUCUGGAAUGACCAUCACAAUAGAACCAGGUUUGUAUAUCGGCGAGGAAAAUGAGCAUGCCCCAGAGUGUUUCCGCGGCAUGGGUAUCCGGAUCGAGGAUGAUGUGUUAAUUCGAGACAAGGGGGGGCCCUUAAUUCUUUCCUCUGAUGCCCCAAAGACCAUUGCUGCUGUAGAGCUGGCUUGUGCCCAAAGGUAGGGCAGGAGGGCACAUGGCCCUGAUGGGAGACGUUUGUUGUUCUCCAUUUCUCAGCUGUCUCCAUGGUGAUGGAAGAAGAUGGUGGCACUCCAUAGAACUUGUGGACUCAUCACACCGAUCGAUUUUAAUGAAAGAAAGAUUAAUUACAGCACGAGUAUAUUGGCAAACCAAGAAAACCUCAAUGAGUUGUAAAAACUAAUAUUUGG